CGCUGCUGCAUCUGUGAUUCGGCUGAGGAAAGAUUGUCCAAAUGCACAGGAAAGCUCCUGGUGAACCAACAGAGAUCUACGUAUCACACUAUUAUAAAAAUGGCGUUUAUUAAAGAGGAGAGUGAAGACAUUAAGAUUGAAGAAGAAUUCAGAGUCAAACAAGAAUAUACUGAGGAACAAACAGACCUUAUGGCGCUGAAAGAGGAGUGUCAAGAAUUUAAUGAAACAAAAUACAAUGAUCAGCAUGAGGAAUAUUGUGAUUUCAAAACUGACGAAAAAUGUUUUAGUUGCUCAAAAACUAAAAAGACAUCAAGAAAAAGAUCCCAAAAGAAAGCAACUAGAAGUCAUUUCACCUGCUUUGACUGUGGAAAGAGAUUUGAUCAAAAAGAAAACCUUAAAGUCCACAUGAGAAUUCACAGUGGAGAGAAGCCUUACACCUGCCAACAAUGCGGAAAAAGUUUUGAUCAACAAGGAAACCUUAAUGUCCACAUAAAAAUUCACACUGGAGAAAAGCCAUACUCCUGCCAACAGUGUGGAAAGAGUUUCAACAGAAAAGGGAACCUUAAAGUCCACAUGAGGAUACACACUAGAGAAAACCCUUUCACCUGCCAGCAGUGUGGAGUAACAUUCACUCAAAAAGGAAGCCUUAAAAUCCACAUGAGAAUUCAUACAGGAGAGAGCCCUUUCACAUGCCAAGAGUGUGGAAAAAGUUUUAUUCGAAAAGGAAGCCUUAAAAGCCACAUAAGAAUUCACAAUGGAGAGAAGCCUUACCCCUGUCCUCAAUGUGGAAAGAGAUUUACACACAAACCAACCCUUAAUGCCCACAUGAGAACUCACACUGGAGAGAAACCGUUUGUAUGUCUUCAGUGUGGAAGGAGUUUCCGAUAUCAUUUAACCCUUAAUAACCAUAUGAGGACUCACUCAAGAGUGCACUGUUUUAGAUGUCAGCAGUGUGGAAAGAGUUUCACAGACAGGAAGCACCUCAAGAAUCAUGUAACAACUCACACUGGAGAGAAACUUUACAUGUGCCAGCACUGUGGAAAAACUUGCAGAAACAAAGCAUCUCUUGAUAGCCACAUGAGAGUUCACACUGGAGAGAAGCCUUUUACCUGCCCUCAGUGUGGAAAGAGUUUCACACUUAAGGGAAACCUCAACAUUCACAUUAGGAUUCACACUGGAGAGAAACCUUUCACAUGUCUUCAGUGUGAGAAGAGUUUCAUGUAUCAAAGAGACCUGAAGCGUCAUUUGCAAAUUCAUUCUGCAGAGAAAUUAUAGUGUUCUUCAGCGUGGUAAAGGGUUUAGAAAAAGGAGCAAUUUCAAAAUAAUCUCUGUGUUCACCCUGGUUUUCAAAACCAUUUAAACUGCAUUAAAAAUAAAUAUAUUUUGCCAUCACACCUGAAAAGUUCUGCAAAUGUGAGACCUUUUUGUGUUCUUUGUUGAACUUCUGUACGGUCCCCCUGUAUUCAAUAAUUGAAUCAAAAUUAAUUUUUUUUUCCCCACUGUAAAUAAUUCCUUUGUGCCUUAAAAUAGCUCUAAUGCAAUUCUAUGCCAGGGCUGUGUCCUACAGAGUUUAUGUCCAAUUUAAGUGAAAAUUUAGGUGUAGUUCAGCCAUAUAUGUUUAAACCAGAAACUGAAGAAGAGGAAGA